GUGGAACACUACCGCCGAUAUUGCUCAUCGGAAAGUUGGAAUAGAGGGCGGUUCAAUCCGUUCUACCUCUAGAGCACAUGGCCAGCGGAAGGCUGUCAUCCACGAAGGUUUAUAUUCAGGAAUCUCUUCUUCCUCAAUCAGAUUCAAAAUCGAAUCAAAACAUUUCCAGUUUGAUAUUUCAAAUGGACGCAUUCAACUUUGUGAAGAAGGGAGAAGAAAAUCCUACAGAUUUUCGGUAAGUUACAAUAUUCUCCUUUGGAUUUGCAAUUGCUUAGAAGGUUUCAUCCUCAACCCAGUGACGAAUUUACGGACUCAGCGUACUGAAGGUAAUCGCAGAUUUCAUCUGUCUCUUGACGCCAAUUCUUCUGGUUUUUACAUUCGUCUUCAAGAAUUGCGAAUUGAUGGCUAUACUACUAUUUUUAUUCCCGAGGGUUUCAACAAAACUGGUAUAAGGCUUUUUGUUACUAAAUUGAGGCAAAUUGGUUCUUCCAUUGCAGUUUCUGGUAAUCCUGAUCUUGCUAUUUGCUGCCAUAACUGGAAUUCGAUUUGUGUUAAGAUAGAUAAUUCGCAACCAUCAAUUUCAAAGGCUUUGUUUGAUGUGGAGAUCCAGGAUAGUUUAGUUUCGAACAAUGUUGAUGACUGCAUGACCUUUGAAUCUGGAAAUCAAAAUGGUCUUCCAAAAUCUGAUUUGGUUCAUUCCUUCUGUGCCUGAUAGUAUGGCAGUGGUUGCGUUCUCUGCACCUAUUACACCCGAACCUCAGAAGGCAGCAUACAUUGCUUCAAAGAAAACAGAUUCCGUUUUGAAGUUACAGACGGAGGAUAAGGCAGUAACCUUGGGUGAGGUUGUAAGGCGAACUGUUAUAGAGACAGAUUCUCCAGAAUACAAGGCUAAUUUGGCUAGAUUCGCGAGGCUUACAAAGGAAUACUCGAAACCAAAGCUUAUAAACCUUGGAGAACUCUCUGGAAGAAGUACUAAGAAAGAGUCUGCUACUUGUUACAAGGUUUUGAUAAACCAUAAUACUGAUGAAAAGGGUGCUUAUGCUGAUUCAAGAGAUGCAAGUCAGGAUUCAAAUGCAGAAAUGGGUGAGGACUUUGUUCCAGACCCAAACAUUCUAACCUGCAACAAAUUCAAGGCAUUGGUCGAUCCUGUACUUUUACAAAAUGAGGUAGAAGUGAAAGAAGUCAUAAGGUUGGGACAUAUAAAGAACUCAAGGACCAAAAAAAGAAUCAUACCCGAGGAAGGAUAUCUCUCUUACUCAAACGAUCCUGCCACCUGGAAGUCCAUUCCCACGGUCACUUCUAAAAGUUAUCAUGGCCGGUAUGUAAUUUUAGGACACACAGGUGAACUUUGAAAAGAUGGAAAAAGAGCUCGUACAGCCUUACCUACACAACUCCCUCCGAACUACGACUACUCUUCUGGGACAAUUCAUUUAGGAAUUGUAGUUUGGAUGUAAUCUUUAGUUUUUUGUUUGAUUUCAUUACGCUGCCAAUUUUGGUAGCAUUAGGUUUUUAUUCUCUCAUUUCGCUUCCACUUUUGGGUAGCGUUGUUUGUUUCCCGGAAGGUUUUGGCCUAGCCCCCCUCCGUGUUUUCUUUCCUUACAUUGCUUUUCUAAUAAAACUUAAUUGCAUAU